GCGGGAGGCUGGUGUGCUGCAGGUAGCUAAACCUCUGAGUUCCGUUUUUAUUCGAAUAUCCGCAGAAAAGAAGCUGCAAUCUAUCCGCGGAUAUCCGCACUUCGGUCGUCCUCGUUCAGUGACCUACGCAGCGUGCCCGCGGGGAGCCGCAGGCCCUCCGCGGAAGGAGAUGUACCGCGGUCGGCCUCCUCCGAGAGGGGGCUACCCGCCUCCCUUUGAAGGCCGGGGUCCGCCUCCGCCGAGGCCCUACCCGGCCCCGGGCUACAGGGACGACCGGAGCCGGCCCAGACCUCCGUACCACUCCGGCUACCAUGACCAUGGACCCCCGGAUCUCUACCGCCGCUCGCCGCCGCGCAGGAGGUACCCUUCCCCGGGCUCAGACAGCAAUCGCGGCGGGGAGUUAUGGACCGGAGGUCCGCCGAGAGAGAGGUCUCUGUCUCCACGUGGCCCGAUUCCCCUGGACCACAACCUCGUCAUCACCGUUGGCAACGAGCUGAAUGGACCUUCUGGCUCCGCCUCCUUGUGCCAUCUCGAAAGACGGGAGUACGAGCAAAGCCGGGGUCGGAGCAGACCUCGCAGCCGCAGUCCCGACCGGAGUCGGGCCAGGAGUCUUGGAAGGAGCAAGAGCCGCCCCCGUAGCCAGAGCCGCAGUCCAAAACGGAACCGGGCCAAGAGCCGGGGGCGAAGCCGCAGUCCGGACCGGAGCCGGGCCAGGAGCAGGGCCAAGAGCCAGAGCCGCAACAGGAGCCACAGUCCGGACCGGAGCAGGGCCAAGAGUCAGGGCCGCAGCAAGAGUCGCCCCCGCAGCAGGUCUAAAUCUAGGUCCAGAUCUAGGUCUCGAUCCAGAGGAAGGAGUCGAGGGCGGAGCUACAGCAAAGGGACAAGCUAUGCUCGCAGUAAGAGCCGUCAGAGGAGCCGAAGUCGCAGUCGCAGUGCGAGCAGCAGCUCGAGCUCAAGCAGCCACAGCAGAGGUGAUGCGACAGAUUUGAAUAAAGGGUUUAAGGAGCUGGAAAUGGCUCGACGCAAGAAGGAACUUGAGGAGCUGCUCACAUUACCAACAAAAUCCAUCCUGAAGAAACGCAGCUCAGAGGACUCGCCAUCUGUCAGGAGCACGGACUCUCCUCAAACUCAGGAUGGCUCCAUGUCCCGACUGGCCGAUCAGCUCCUGCACGCCGUUAAAGGCGCUGACCCUCGCAUGGUGGCGUCCAUGCUGGCGGAGCUGCGGUCUGAUCCACAGAUGGCUCGCCGUGCUGGCCUCGACGCUGAGAUCAAAGAAAUCCUCAGCCUGCUGGGGAUGACAACGCCGGGGCCCAGGACUCAGGAGAAGGUGCUAGACGACAUUGACGAUGAGGAGAGAUUCCUGUAUGGCGAUUCGGAGGAUCCCAAACCGCCGGCGCCGGAGCCAGUCUUGCCCCACAGUCUAGACUUGUAUGGAGAUGUAACUGAGGAGGUGCUGUAUGGAGACUACCCACAGCAGAAACUGGUCUCUGCUCAGACACACGGAUGCACCCUUCAGCCCCCUCACUCCACGGACAGUUAUGUGAGCCGGCCCACCAUCAGCCCCGACCAGAACAUCACGGUCCAGGUGUCGAACCCCGCUUACCCGCCUGGGACCGAGCCCCUGGAGGAGGGCGAGCGCCAGGCACUAGAAGAGUACGAGAAGAUCCAGGAUCUGCUUAAAACCAUCGGUCUGGACCUUGGAGUGGCCGAAAUUACCAAGAUGGCUGCCAGGACCAAAGAACGUCUCCACGGGAACAAACCACCUACAAAGACGCCCACACGGCGCAGACGGUACUCCUCCGACAGCUCUGACGGCAGCCGGCGGGGCCGUAGGUCACGAAGCCACAGUGGCAGCUCCAGCAGCACCAGCCGGAGUCGGAGCCACGGACGGGGUGGCGGUGCCACUGGCGCGGGCUGGAGCAGCGACGAGGAUGACCGCAGGAAGAGCUCAGCUCAGCUCAAAUCCCACCAAGACCGUGACGUUAAAGAGGAGAAAGGCGAGUGGAGCAACACGGCAGCGCCGCCCUGUCAGACUCCAGAGCCAAGCGGCCACCCCCCUCAUCCAGGUGUACCCAUCCCCACCUACCCCCCCUCGCAGGUCCCCGCCAUGAUGCACCCCAGCUACCCCCCGCCUGUGUACACUCAGUAUGGGAAUUACUUGCCCUUCGUACCCCAGCAGUGGCCCCCCACAUAUCCACCCCCAAACAUGGGGAUGCCUCCCCCUACAGGUGCUGAGGAGUACCCCCCCACACUGCCCUACAAACAGGCUUACACCCCUGAGCCAGGGGUCAAAGGUUUGGUGAAGAGCUCCACCCAGCACGCAGAGAAGGGGAGCGCCAAAGCUGUGAGAGUGUCUGAGGAGCAGAACAACGAGAGCCAGAAACAGAAGGUUCUGGAGGAGAGAGAGAAGCUGAAGCAGGAGCGAGAGAUCAGGAUGAAGAAGAAGGAGUAUCUGAUGAAGGAGCUGGAGAGGCUCAGGAAGCAGCAAGGCGAGCUGCUGAGGAAGAAGCGCCGGGAGAAGGAUGGCCACAAAGACCCUCUGCUGCAGGAGAUCAGCCACCUGCAGGAGGAGGUCAUGGCCCAGAUCUCCAACCUCCGCAAGGAGCACGAGGCUGCCGAGAAGAAACGCAGCGAGAUCGAGAAAGUCGCACUCAUCCUUGGCCUGAACCCGUCGGACCGACCCCGCAGGAUCAGCAAACCGCCCGAGGUCCAGAAGGCUGAGCAGCAGACUCCACCACAGAAGAAGAAACGUGAGGCAGAAAGGAGCCCAGAAGGGCGGCCGGCGGCCAGCGGCCCUGCGAUGAAGCAGAUUUGCGUGACUCUGUCGCCUUCAAAGGCGUCCCUGCACACGCCGCCCGACGCCACUGCAGCUCCAGCCCCGCCCCCCGAGCCAUUUGAAUACUAUGACGCUGGAAACCACUGGUGCAAAAACUGUAACGCUACGUGUGGUUCCAUGUUUGAUUUUUUCACACACUUGCACAGCAAAACGCACCUAAAGACUCUGGACCCCUAUGACCGACCAUGGGCUUCCACUCCAAGCAAAAUGAACAAGAACCAGCCACCAGACGAGAAGCUGACGAAACCCGCUAAAGGUUCAGAGUUCCUGGUACCCGUCAGAGGUUUCUUCUGCCUGCUGUGCAGAGAGUUUUAUGGCGACGGCAUCUGUGCAGAAGAGCAUGUCACCACGCACGCUCACAACGAGAAAUAUAAGAAACAAAUGUAUGAGAAUCCACUGUACGAGCAGAGGCGGAACCUGGACCGCCAGGCCGGACUGGCCUUAGAGGCAAGUGGAAAGAAACGUAAACAUGACGACGAUGAGAAAGACAGCAAAGAGGAAAAGUCCAAACACAAAAAAGAGAAAAAGGAAAAGGAGAAAAAGAAAGAAGAGGAUGUUUCAAAGGAGGACAAGUCAAAAAUGAAAAAGGAGGAAGACGAGGAUAAGCUGAAGCCAAGCAAAAAGGAGGAUUUAAAGAGUGCCAAGAGCCCUGAAAAGGAGUGGCCUUAUUACAGCAAGAAAAAUAAUGAUGAAAAGUACAACUACAGCAAGAAGGAAGACAAGUACCAUUACAGCCGAGAGGAAGACGAAAGGGACAGCCGGUACAGAUACAGCAGGGAUGAGGAAUAUCGGUACCAUUACCGCACCGAUGCUAAUGACCGUCCAAAAUAUGGUUCGAAAGAUGAUGGGGACAAAUUUAAAGGUGGCAAAUAUUCAGAUGCCAGAUCCAAAAAUGAGAAAGAGCGAGAUGAAUGCAAACCUAAACCUGAGAGGGAAGGUUUUAAAAAGUCUGAGCCAGAGAAGCUGGCAGUCAGCAAGCCCGAACCACUACCAAAACCCUACGAACUGCCCAAAAUUCUUUGUGGCCCCAGUCCAGCCAUGAGGGCCAAGCUCCGCAAGCAGAGCCUGGAGGCUGGUAAACCAACUACACCAGCAACAACCACAUUUGGAAAGUUCAUCUGGAAGAAGAAGGAGAACAUGCUGGCAAAGGAGGCGGAGAAAGUUGCUGCAGAGUUCAUCAAGGAGGAUGAAGCCGCUGCGAAGGACAAGUCACCCUCGGUGGAAGACUCUUUUGCAAAGUCAGUAGCUGUUGCCAAAGAGAUCGCAGAGAAGCUGGGAAACCAGCCAAGCGUAUCUGCUCCCUGGAUGUCCAACCGGGGACGGAUCCGACCCAACCUCCCUACACCUGCUCUAGGUCUGAGGAAGCCAACCCUGAUGGGCAGACCUGCAUCUCUGAAUACCUUUCUGUCCAUUAAACCCCAAAACCCUACUUUAGUAGAGUCUCUUCCAACAGAGGGCGCAGUACUCACGCCUCCUCCCUUGAGUUCCGGAAAUGGUCUGCUUCAGACUAAAACGGUCCCAUACGUUGAUAAACUUGGGCCAUUUGAGGCAGUCCCUCCCCUGUUUCAGGUUAGACCUCCACCCGUGGUGCCUGUACCAUCUGAAGUUAAAUCUACUCCGCCUGUUUCUGAACCAGCCUCAGUCCAGCCAAAUCCUGCCCCUGCCGGUGUCACAACUCCUACACUUUCUAAAUUUAAUCUUGCUCCUACAGUUUUUGAACCUGCCCCAGUCCAGCCAAAUUCUGCCCCUGCAGGUGUCACAACUCCUACACUUUCUAAAUUUAAUCCUGCUCCUACAGUUUUUGAACCUGCCCCAGUCCAGCCAAAUCCUGCCCCUGCAGGUGUCACAACACCUACACCUUCUAAAGUUAACCCUGCUCCACCAGUGUUUGAACCUGCCCCAAUCCAGUCAAAGACUGCCCCUGCAGGUGUCACAACUCCUACACCUUCUAAAUUUAAUCCUGGUUCAACAGUUUCUAAACCUGUCCCAGUCAACUUAAAGCCGGUCCCAGUACAGGCAAAACCUUUAACUUCUUCAGCUACCACAGCUACUCCAGCACAACCAGCCAUGAUAAAGAUUGUGUCUGACGUGGCAGCUCCUGGUGUCCCAGAGGGUGAGCAGACUCGUACGGUGUUUGUCAAACCUCCACCUUUCAUGAAUAAGUGUGAUGGAGCUCAGAAAUCAGACAAAUUUAGGAGUAACCUGGCUGCAGCCAGAGCCCAAGAUUUAUUUGGUAUCUUCUACAGCAGCAUCAGCCAAACGGGCCCCUCCUCGUUCAGCAAACCAGCAUCAGAUUCUAGAGCUGAAGGCAGUAGUGGCAGUAAAAGUCCAUUUUUAGUUCCAAAAGCCCUAACAGCCCAACCACAGUCCAAACCACACCCUGAAUCAGAGCCCCAAACAGAGUCUCAGCCACAGUCCAAACCACAGACACAGCAACACCUUGAACUCCAGCCUGAACCACAGCCCAAGGCACAAGGUCCUACUCAGUUCCCACUUCCAAAUGAACUCCAAAGAUCUCCACAACGAAGUCCAAAUGAACACCCACAAAACCCACUGACCCUGACAAACUCAGGCAUUCAAAUCAUGUCUGUCUGGUCCCUGCAGUCUGCCAAAGACUCCGCAUCUGAGUUGGCUCUACCUAAUGAAAGAAGCACGCAAAUGCCUCAACCAAGAUUGUCUCCUCCGCUUCAGUGUGAGGCUCAGAGUGCACCUGAAGACCAGUCCGUGACAGCCAAAUUGGAUCCCGAAAUCUUCCCAGAGAGUCAGUCUUCCAGACUGGAGUCCCAGCUCAAACCAUGUCCUGAAAGUCAAAUAGAGCCCCGACAGUCAGAAUUAAACAGGGGCAACCAAUUCCAUCCAGAGGCUCAUUCUGACACAGAACCUGAACCCAAACCAAAAACGGGUCCUAAAACUAGGGGUAAGAAAACCCCGCCUGCUCCUCGGCCAACCCGGCAAACCCGAUCCCAAACAAGAUACCAGACCCGACAGCAGCUGAACCAGAACCAGCCUGAACCAGAACCCGAGUCAGCUUCAGGUGACACUGAUGCUGCAACUUCAGACCCAAAGAACUUGGACAUGGUAGAUCCUGGCUCUACGUCGCAGCCGGAGGCUGAGGCGUCCAGUGAGGCGAACCCUCAGAUUAUGAAGAUAACUGCAGAAACACUGGGCCUGCCCUCUGACAUGACCUCACUGGACUUUGAAUAUGAUUUUAACUUUGAGUAGGAGUCGACUGGGCUUUAUGACAUGGGGGCAAGGUUUAUUCUAACCACUGGGCCAUUCAGAAAGGCUGAAGCCACAGUGUGUCACAUAUUGGAGGGCAUCUGAAAGUGACGAGAUAGACACUUGCUGAAGGACUUCACCUGUCUAAAGGACCAGAUUUAUUUAGAGUUUAGUUGAAUUCCUUUGUUCACUGUUUUCUCCAGAAUUUGUUUUUAGGUCUGAUUGAUCUCAUAGAAACGUGUCCAGGACAUUUAUCCCCACCCAGGAGUCUCCUAGUUAUGCAGCUUUUGCUUACACAUCGCAGGUUUCAAAUAGACUAAAAGAAGAAUUUAAAUACUCAAAAAAACCUAUAAACUGCUUGAUUUAUGCCAUUUCUGUUUAAAUAACACAAUAAACCUCCUUUCUUUGAUCGUAUUCGGCAGCUGCGAGCGCUGGUGUUUUGCGUUUUGGAGUUGCAUUUAAAUGAACAAUGAUUUCACCUAACAGGACAAGUGAGCUCAUGUAGACGGCUGUCAUCCGAUCUACUGAAUGAGAAACCUUAUAAAAUCAGAGCGCUUACCUGGUCUGGUUGUGAUUUGUUAGUUUUUAGUUACGGUGUACCUGAUGCUACCUGGCUCUAAAUAAUAAAAACACAAUUGCGGACUUUCAGCCUGACCCAGUCCUUGAAAUACAUAAACCAGGCUCACUAAAGCACACAGUCUUUUAUUGUAAUGACACAACUUGUCCUUUGAGGCAGCAGUGUCUGUCUGAGGUGCUCUCUGUUGUAAGUGGAGCUGCAGCUGACGAUGAUGAUGAUUUGGAUGAGUCUGCUAAGACUCCUGUGAAUUUCCAUACGCUGAGGUGAACCUGAAACACUUUGUAAUCCUUGGACCCUUUCACAGUUCAUCUGGACCAACCGUUUGGUUUCACCUCAUUUCUGCUUCUUGUCACAGGAAAUGUUGGCCCAGAACCUUUCGGGAAAUAAAAGAUUCCUGAAGUCAAAAAAAGCCCAACAAAGUUCAGACAGUUCAUCCCAGACUCAUUUCUUAAAUUUUCAAGCAUCUGUGUAUUUUUUUUUUUUUUUUAUAUAUAGGCGACCUUUCUGUUGUUGAUCUCAGACUUGCUGGAUGUCUUCCCCUGUGUAAAGGGUCUGAACUGAAUCAUCUGUCUCAGAAUAGAUAAAUCUGUGGCUGGGAAAUGCUAGAAAAGAACCUGAGACCUGGACCUCAAAGUUCCUGAACCUUCAGAGAAUAUGGCAUCUCAGAACACGAGGUGAGGCUUAAUUUAGCAACCAGAUCGUCAAAAGUUUCUUAGUGUCUGGGAAAUAUGUCAAUGUGAAGGCGAAGAUCUGAGUCAUGGUCCUUUCACUGGUUCUCAGUGUUUGAUCCAGCUAACCCAGAUUAACUCACUGUAACGUGCUAAAUUUGUGGUUAAGCUGUUUAAGAACUUGCAGAUGAGAGGCUGUAAUCCCUGUUAGGGUCUCAAACAAAUGGUUGGAAAGCAGAGCGUAUCAUACUAAAAGGAAAUGUUGUUCCCUCAUCACCUAUUGAAUGGCCUCAUACAGACGAAACUGAUGGGGUUCUGGGAUAGUUGGAAGACUGCUCCUUCAAAGAGCACAGUGUAGUUUGGGGGGGUUCACAGUUAAGGCCUCGUUUCGACCUUGGAAAGCUUGUUCUGAUGCCCCUGAAUGAAACAGUCUCUGGAACUGCAUCAGAUGUUCUUCCUUCAUUGUGUUUGAAACUGCUUGUCCUGUAACGUGUUAAAGUUUUAAUAAAAGGAGAAACUCCAA